UAAAUGGCGUUGGCGUGAAAAAACAACUGGUCAGGUCAGUGUGACCAAAACGAGGGAGUACCGAAAUACCAACACUGCUGACAUGGGGGAGGAUGUCCAACACUGGCCGUUCAUGUUUUGGCAGAAGAAGAAAGUAAACAAAAUGGCGCGCAAUGCAGAAAAGGCAAUGACAACAUUGGCACGUUGGCGGGCGGCCAAGGAAGUAGAAUCCGGCGAAAAGGAACGCCGGCCUUAUUUGGCCUCCGAAUGCCACGAUUUGCCCCGAUGUGAGAAAUUCCGACUGGAGAUUAUACGCGAGAUCUCCAAGAAGGUGGCCCAAAUACAAAAUGCCGGGUUGGGGGAAUUCCGCAUCCGCGAUCUCAACGACGAAAUCAACAAAUUGCUGCGUGAAAAACGCCAUUGGGAAAAUCAGAUAUCUGCCUUGGGCGGACCUCACUAUAGACGUUAUGGUCCCAAAAUGUUCGAUGCCGAGGGUCGCGAAGUACCCGGCAAUCGAGGUUAUAAGUACUUUGGAGCCGCCAAAGAUUUGCCUGGAGUUCGAGAGCUUUUCGAACAGGAUCCUCCGCCGCCGCCCAGGAAAUCGCGCGCUGAACUAAUGAAAGAUAUAGAUGCGGAGUACUAUGGCUAUCGGGACGAUGAAGAUGGUGUCCUGAUUCCUUUGGAGGAACGCAUCGAACGAGCUGCCAUCCAGAAGGCAGUGCAGGAAUGGCGCGACAAAAUGGCCAGAGAUGGCCGCAUAAUCGAUGAUGACGAGGAAGAGGAUGAAAUUUACCCACUUUCAGGACCCGCUCGGGAAGCCAUCGAAGAUGCCAAGGCCCGAGCUGCAGUGGAGGAUCCGCACGGCCUGCUGGCCCCCAAAUUCACCGCACAUGUGCCCGUGCCCACGCAACAGGAUGUGCAGGAAGCACUGCUGCGCAAGCGGAAACAGGAGCUCCUGGAGAAAUACGCCGGUGGCGCCAACUGAACUCAAUAAAACUUCUUAUUUCUUAGUUUGGUUUUCAAAA